AGCCCCCGUCGCCCGCCCCGCCGAGCGGCUCCGGGAUCCCAGCGGCCCGCGGGAGGUUCCAGCUGGACCAGCGGCCUCCUGCCCUUACCAUGACCUCACCCUCCAGCUCUCCAGCCUUCAGGCUGGAGACGACAGACCGAGGCCAGGAAGAUGGCGCUGAGGUGGACAAAGGAAGGAGGGGCUAUGGGGAUGGGCCGCCCCCCAUGGAAUCACCGUACCAGGGCGAAGACCGGAACUUCUCCCCCCAGAUCAAAGUGAACCUCAAUUACCGAAAGGGAGCAGGUGCCAGCCAGCCGGACCAAAACUGCUUUGACCGUGACUGGCUCUUCGGCGUGGUCUCCAGGGGUGUCCCCGAGGAUCUGGCUGGGCUACCAGAAUACCUGCGCCGGACCAGCAAGUACCUCACUGACUCGGAGUACACAGAGGGCUCCACAGGGAAGACAUGCCUGAUGAAGGCCGUGCUUAAUCUUCAGGAUGGGGUCAACGCCUGCAUCCUGCCACUGCUGCAGAUUGACAGGGACUCUGGCAAUCCCCGGCCCCUGGUCAAUGCCCAGUGCACGGAUGAGUACUACCGAGGCCACAGUGCCCUGCACAUUGCCAUUGAGAAGAGGAGCCUGCAGUGCGUGAAGCUUCUGGUGGAGAAUGGGGCUGACGUGCAUGUCCGGGCCUGUGGCCUCUUUUUCCAGAAAAACCAAGGGACUUGCUUCUAUUUUGGCGAGUUGCCCCUCUCUCUGGCGGCAUGCACCAAGCAGUGGGAUGUGGUAACCUACCUCCUGGAGAACCCGCACCAGCGUGCCAGCUUGCAGGCCACCGACUCCCUGGGCAACACAGCCCUGCACGCCUUGGUGAUGAUCGCAGACAACUCAGCUGAGAACAGCGCGCUGGUGAUCCGCAUGUACGACAGGCUCCUCCAAGCCGGGGCCCGCCUCUGCCACACCGUGCAGCUUGAGGACAUCCCCAACCUGCAAGGCCUCACACCCCUGAAGCUGGCUGCUAAAGAGGGCAAAAUCGAGCUUUUCAGGCACAUCCUGCAGCGGGAGUUCUUGGGACCAUACCAGACUCUUUCUCGAAAGUUCACGGAGUGGUGCUACGGACCUGUCCGGGUGUCGCUGUAUGACUUGGCCUCUGUGGACAGCUGGGAGGAGAAUUCAGUGCUGGAGAUCAUCGCCUUUCAUUGCAGGAGCCCGCACCGACACAGAAUGGUGGUCUUGGAGCCAUUGAACAAACUCCUGCAGGCAAAAUGGGAUCUGCUCGUUCCCAGAUUCAUCCUCAACUUCCUGUGUUAUCUGACCUACGUGUUCGUCUUCACCACUGUGGCCUACCACCAGCCUGACCUGGAGAAGGCCUUUCUCCCCCUGAAAGCCAUGGCUGGAAACUCCAUGCUGCUCCUGGGCCACAUCUUGAUCCUGCUCGGGGGGAUCUACCUCCUCGUGGGCCAGCUGUGGUACUUCUGGCGGCGCCGCCUGUUCAUCUGGAUCUCGUUUGUGGACAGCUACUUUGAAAUCCUCUUCCUGGUCCAGGCCCUGCUCACAGUGCUGUCCCAGGUUCUAUAUUUCCUGGCCGUCGAGUGGUACCUGCCCCUGCUUGUGUUUUCACUGGUGCUGGGCUGGCUGAACCUGCUGUACUACACGCGAGGCUUGCAGCAUACAGGCAUCUACAGCGUCAUGAUCCAGAAGGUCAUCCUGAGGGACCUGCUCCGCUUCCUCCUGGUCUACCUGGUCUUCCUCUUUGGCUUCGCUGUAGCCCUGGUGAGCCUGAGCCGGGAGGCCUGGGGCCCUGGGACCCCCGCAGGCCCCAACAGCACAGAGGCAGCACAGGCGGAAUUGGGACAGGACCAGGCAGGUGAUGUGGCCCCAUACGGGGGCAUCCUGGACGCCUCCUUGGAGCUGUUCAAGUUCACCAUCGGCAUGGGCGAGCUGGCCUUCCAGGAGCGGCUGCGCUUCCGCGGGGUGGUGCUGCUGCUGCUGCUGGCCUACGUGCUGCUCACCUACAUCCUGCUGCUCAACAUGCUCAUCGCCCUCAUGAGCGAGACCGUCAACAGCGUGGCCACUGACAGCUGGAGCAUCUGGAAGCUGCAGAAAGCCAUCUCUGUCCUGGAGAUGGAGAAUGGCUACUGGUGGUGCAGGAGGAAGAAGCAGCGCAUAGGGGUGAUGUUGACAGUGGGCACCAGGCCGGACGGUAGCCCCGAUGAGCGCUGGUGCUUCAGGGUGGAGGAGGUGAACUGGGCCACGUGGGAGCAGACGCUGCCCACGCUGUGCGAGGAGCCGUCAGGGGCAGGCGUCCCUGGCACGAGGAAGAACCCCACCCUGGCCUCCCAACCGGGGGAGGACAGAACCUCAGAGGAAGACCAGCUGCCCCUCCAGCUGCUCCAGUCCCACUGAUGGGCCAGAUGCAGCAGGAGGCCAGCAGGGAAGAGCAGGAAUGUUUCCAGCUACACCCGCUGGCUCUAU